AUUUCCCUACAUUGCACGAUUUAUAAACAUUUUACCAUUUAAUUGUGAAUUUUAAGUAACUUGUAGUAAAGUUUAAUAUAUUUGUGAAGGAUGUGAAUAUUUUUGUGGUAAGGCAAGUGAUAAACGUUCAUAUGUUGUCGUCGUGUUAAAAUGGAGGAACUUCUCCAGGACAUAUAUAAGGAAGCAUCUGGAGUGAAGUUUACAGGGUUGAGGAAAUCAUGUCAGGAUGCCCUAGAGUUACUAUGCAUGCAAGAGAACAACGCGCGUCGUGCGUCGUACGAGCUGCGGCGAGCGUGCCUCCUGCCGCUGCAAACGGCGCUGGAGACCAAGCGGCCGCGCCUCGUGACGUACGCCCUUCAGGGGUUCCAUAAAAUACUCCGAGAUGACAGGUUCCAUCGAGGCAUCGAGCCGGAAGAUGACUCUCUGUGGAUGCCUUCGCAACUUCUCUGUGCCACCGCUUCUGUCAUGUAUCAGUUGCCAGAUACUCAGGUACAAAUCUUCCGCAUGUACCUAUCUCUGGCGCUGUCCCCGCGACGCACUCUGAACGGGCGACUGUGCGUGUGGGCGUGUGGUCGGUGCGGGGAGGCGGCGGCCGCGCCCGCGCAUGUUGCUGCAGCCGCGCGCGCCGCCGCCGCGCAAGCCUUGAGGGCCUACUGCGCACAACUUGAUGAAGAGUGUCAGGAACUUCUCUCUGAAGGAUCUCCCCUGGGUAGGAACCACAUAGUGGCUGUGGGAUGUUACAGUGAAGUGAUACCCGUUAUACAGUACUUGUGUAGCCGGUUAUCUGAAACUCAACUGUCUCCCAAACAGAAUCCUCUAGCUCUAUUCUUUCUAGACUGUCUUUUGACUCUGAUGUCAAGUCUGUCGGAGCGAGUGAGUGACAACUCUCAUUUUACAACGUUCCUCUGGCAGAAGUUUUGUCCGGCUCUCAUCUCCUUCCUUGGAACUCCUCGAGUGGAUAAGAAUAUUAAGUCAAGAGAACACGAGGGUCACUUGGUUGAUGACUCCGGUCGGGGGUCCGGCGCCCUAAACUCCGCACCUAGCUUUAACAGCAAGCAGGCUAAAGCUAUUUACAGUAUUGCCAACCAGCUGGUUCGCCUAGUUGGAUCCACCUCGAACCUCCGACCAGUCUUAGAGGCCCUCUACCACCGAAUGUUGCUGUACCCUCCCGUAUCUCACCGGGUUGAACCUCUGAGGAGUACCAGAGAAAUGCUGCAGAAUCCCAAGAGGCUGUGCCAAUUAAUCCUGCUGAAGAAGGUAGAUCACCAUGAAAGGCACAGUGACGAUAUGGCGAUUAUUCGAUUAAUAAUGGACGGAAUAGAAGAAUGCGGUAGAAGUGGCAAUCCAGACGUUGUAGCUGCAGCGGUGGAAUGCGUUGUAUCACUACUGGAUGCACUAGAGAAGCUAUGCUCUGGCACUACAGAGUACAUUAGUCCAGAGAUAGCCACCCUCAUACUGAGCCACUGGCAGAAACUGCAGGAUGCUGACUACACCGGACCUUUGACUUAUCAGACCUUGGCUAGGUUGCCCAGUCCGUACAGAGAUGUAGUGGCCGUGUUACAAAGCACGGAAUCCAAAGAGCAUGAUUCAUCAGAUACGUCAGGCCCCGAGAACAUAAGCUCAGGCAGUGAGGGCGAAGCAGACUCCGACGCGGACAACGUGUUCCUGCCUGCCCGCGCCAGUCUGCCUUCAGGAGAUGCUACCACUCACGCACAGACUAAACCUAAGGCCGUGCCAAAGACUUUGAAUCUAGGAAGAUGCACCAUAACAGAAUGUAACGUAGACUUGGAGAGACACAACGCGCGACAGUUCAUCAAAACGCUACAGAAUUCGCUUCUACCAAAACUGUUGAAUCUUCGCACUUGUAUAGAGGUGGACGAAGCAAUGCAAGAGUUUGCCUCAAAGUGUUGCCAGCACAACGCAGCCCAGCCCCCGGCGACCGCCUGCAUUAUGAACGCGGACGGGGUCUACCUCGCCACGUACGCUGCGCUACUGUUAACUCUCAAACAACGGAGGACUAAUUACUAUAAUCAGCCUAGCAAAGUGCAAGUAUCUCUAACGGAAGAUGAGUUCGUAGAAGAGGUACAAGGUAGCGGCGUGCUAGUAUACCUGUCAGCGACAUGGCUGAGGGAACUGUACCAACAAGUGCUCGCUACUGAUCUACUCAAGGAUGUGCCUUCAAGUGAUCAUCCUCUACUGCAUUUGUUAUCAGAUCUCGGUGGAUUGGAUCAGAGCCCAGUGAUGUCAGACUGGCAGAAAUUGAAGGAAGUGUCGUGCUUUUACAAUAACACAGUCGAGUCUCCACAACAUGACGCUAGCUUACGUUGGGCGAGAAGGAUUUUAACAUGCAUAUGGGACUCUAUGGUGACGGUAUUAAGUGUACCCCUGACCGGUUAUGGGAACAAGAAGCAGAAACUGCACGGCAUGAUAUCAAAGAAAAUCAACACAUUCGGAAAGAGGAAGCGAAUCGCUUGGGAGGGGCUAACGAUACAGUGUCUUGAAGGAUUGCAUAAGGCUGCCAGAGUAAGCAAUACUCUGUGUUUACAAAAUAGAUGCAGCAGUAUAUUGGCAUUAUUGGCUAACUCUGCCAUCUCACAGCCGCCCAACGGGAAAAUACUUUCCACUCAUGCCCUGUCUUUGGAUAUACUUAUAACAGGUGGCUUAGAACUUGGUUCCAAAGCUCCAGAAUGUUGGGAGCAUAUAUUCGCAGCAUGUCAGUACGUGUCAAGCUUCGAGCAUUCUUUGUUCGGACACCAAGGGAAUAAUGCUACGCCCAUAGUGACCAUGCAAACUGGUAGAAAUAAAACCGUGUCUAUAUUACAAGCUGAUGCUAAACUGGGGCUGGAUGGGAAAGAUGAUGAGACUUGCGUGGAUGUAUUCAAUUUUUUGCAACCAGUGUUGGAGAGCAACGUAAAUAACGACAUGUCCGUGGCGAAAAUUGUCGAAGCGUGCAGGCAAGAGGGCGGGAACGUGAUCAGUGGCGCGAGUGCGGCGCGGGUUUGCUGCGCGCUGGGCGGCGCCGCGGACGCGCUGUACUCGCGGCUGGCCGCCACCACCACGCUGCCCGCGCUGCGCGCCGCGCUGCAGCGACUCGUCGCGCACCAUCACCGCCUGUUAUUUUGCUCCUGGGAGUCGGACGUAGCGAACAAUAAUGUAUGGUGGUGGCGGCGGGGAGCGGGUACUAGUAGCGGGGGUAGGGGCGCAGGCAGUGCGGGGGGUGCAGGGGGCGCGGGGGGCGAGGCGGCGCGCGCGCUGUGCCGCGCGGGGGACGUGGCGCUGCGCUGUCUGCGGGCCGCCCGCCCCCUCGCGCACCGCAUGGCUAUAUGGACCGUCGUGGGACCACAUUUUAUGCAGGCGGCCUGCCACAAGGACAUUCAGAUUGCAAGCUUAGCGAUCCAAUGUCUUCACGACUGCGCCACUGCGCUUCUGAACCAGCAAGUUGAACUACCACAUUUCCACUUCAAUGAGGCAUUGCUGAAACCUUUCGAGAACCUUCUCUGCUUGGAGCUGUGUGAUGAUGAUAUUCAGGAACAAAUCAUAUCCUGCAUCUGCGAAUUCGUGGAGACCAACAGAAUGGAAAUAAGAUCUGGUUGGCGGCCUCUAUUUAAUACGCUGCGGGCGGCCAACAAUUCUAACCAAUACUCCGCCAUCUUAGAAAUAUUUAAAGUAUUCCUCAGCACAGACAACACGCUCGUGUUCGCUAAUGCCGCUCUAGACUGCAUACUGUGCCUUCUAAGUCAUAUCAAAGGACUGCACUACGAAGAAGUGCAAGCCACCGAAAUAAAACCGAAGAAAGUAACUACGCCCACCCAACCCAAACCUAGUCUUAGCCUAAAAUUCUCAAAGAAUAGCAAAUUCAUUCCACUCAGUGAGGAAAAAUCCGAGAAAGUAAUCGUAGACAUGUGCCGAGAGGCGUUAUAUCACUUGGAAAGUUGCGCCGAUAUUCUAACAAUGAUGUACAACAUGCCAAAAUGUCCGAUCUUUAAUACCGGUAAUAGGAUCAAAGGGGACAUGCCACUGUGCGUUGUAGACCCUAUUAUACCCAGCGCAUCUCUUGACAUUACCAAGUUUAUUUCUAAUGAGCAUUACGAAGAGGAUCUCAUUUCAUAUAGAAAAUUAUCCACAAGUCUUCCCCCUUCAAAUACGACAAAUAAUUGUCUUUUAAAGCUUGACAAACCAAGCAAUAUACUAAAGGUAUGGUACGUUCUCAUUGAAGGCUUGAUCUCGGCUACCGUCGUCUGUUCUAAGAAAAAUCAACCUGCCGCUAUGGAGACGUUGUUUAAACUGCUGCGGAACACGAUAGAAGUGCCUGGCACCCAUUUCGGUCUACACUGCAUAAACCAUCUUCUACUGCCCACAGUUCAGAACUGGCUUCGGCAAAUAGCCAAUGUCAAUACUCACUGGGAUAGUGUGAUGCCAAACUUUAAACAGUGUUGCGGCAUGACCACUGACACUAUUGUCGUAUACUUGCAUCAUCUGCAACAAAUAAACGUAGAAAGGUCGACGGUUGAUGAGAAGAAUGAACCAGUAGAGAUUGAACCCAUUGAGAGCGUUGAAGCAACGUUUGCCUUGAAACAAGUAAUGCUUAUUUUAGUAGAAUGUAUCGCCCAACCUCAAGAACCUAUCGCGAGGUUAGGCGCUUCGUGUAUAAGGCAUAUAAUUUUAACGUCGGGGCAUCUACUGACAGACAAUCAAUGGGAAAUUGUCUGUACCAGUUUGCACAGAGCUUGUAAUGUUAGCUUGACUCCACUCAAGCAACUAACCUAUGCCUUCAAAGAAAACUCGAAUAGCUUUUACGGAGAUUUAGCCAUGGUGAAAGUAGCUGCGCGAAGGGAUUGUUCAGUAAACGAUAAUGUAAGACUGCAUGCGAUGGCACAACAAGUGUUCCUAACCGAACAGCUGAAAGGUGAUGGACAUGUUAAAAUAACUCCAAAGAAUUCCUCUCAGAACCUCAUGCUGAUUGAUGAUCGGAGUUACAUAUUCCUGAUCUAUCUUCAAGAGUCAAUUAACUCAUUAAACCCAGACCUGUAUACGGUGCGAAUACCUCAUAGAGGUCUCGUGGUGGGAUUGUUAGCCCACCAAAUAUUGGUUCAAAUAAUUGCUACGGUUCUGAUUCAAGCAUCAUCAGAUGUCUUCCAAGGAAUAAAUAGUAUCCUGUUAGAUAGUCUUAAAACUGGUUCUAACGUUUGCAACUACAAAUUCUUCCUAAAUAGUGACAACAUAGAUUUGUUGUUGAGAAGUUUGGAACUAUCAUUUACGAGAGCCAUGCAAUUCGACUCAAGGCCGGGGUUAAAGUUUCUCGUACAAAAAGUGUCUAAUUUGGAUCACGCUGCUAACUUGUACAAGCAAACUACUUCUUCGUGGCUUAUAAAAAUAAUUGCGCUGACUGAGAUAUUCUUCAAUGGAGUUCAUAAAUUCAAAUUAAAGGCAACGGAUUUAUCGAUAAUAUUGCAUAAUUACACGACGACAUUGAACAUGACUAUGGAAUACGAUCGAUUUGUGACAAAAAUAUUCGAUCUGAAGCAUACAUGGGAGUUGUUAUGUCACAAUUACGUGAAGCAUUCGAUAAAUGUUUCGGAUUUCGAUAACAAUGAUAUAAAAGAGAGAAUGUCUUGCAGCUCAGAAGAAAGUGAUAACUCAUCGAAUCAUUACGAUCAGUAUUACGCUCAGGAUCCAAACGAGAAUACUGAUGAGCCGGUAAUAAAUAAAGAACAGGAUGUAUCACCGGAGAAGGUUAUCGAAAAGCCAAAGCCAUUUACAUUUGCUGACUUCAAAGCGAAUAGUCAAGGGUCUAUCACAGUAGAGAUACACACAGAGAAUUUACCGUCAAAUAAGAAGAUAAAGGAAGAACCAGUUAGUUCUGAAGCUGAUAUAGUUAGCGACCAACAUUCAACAUCUAGCAGUGACGGUAAUGAUGACAAACCUAUAAAUGGUCAUACGCCACAAGAAAUUGAGAUACAUAAAGAAACUCCGAUUAAAGAAAAGAAAGGCAGUAUACCAGAUAUUAUAGAGAACCACAGCAUAGAUACGCGGAAAUUAAAUCUUUCGAUUUGCGACACAGUUUCGUAUGAGAAGGUGAAGGUGGCUGAACCAAUAUUACCACCGCAACCCGUGCCGCCUGAAAUUGAACAACAGCGAGCUUUAAGUAUCAGCAAGGAUACUGAAGUGCAACGAAACUGCUUCCAAAAUAUUUUAAUGGCAUAUCUGGAAUUGGUCCUGACGUUUUCUCUGGAAAGGUUCCAACUGAUCCACCCAGUACUGCAGAGUGGAUUCGUUCAACUCGCCAAAACUGUCACCGACCCUCAACUACUCGAAAGAAUCAAUAUAUUUUUCGAUAAAAAAGACUUAUCUGAAUUUAACUAUAAGUGAUCAAUUAAUUGUGAUAUAUAAAAUUCACACUAUGAUUAUUAUAUUCCUCGAUUGCUC